AUGCGUCAGACGCGUUCCCCGAGCCCUCCCCUCUUCGACCAGUGCCCCCAAUCUCUCCCUCGCACUAGGCUUAUGAAGUGUCUCUCCGAAGAAAGGGAUCUGGCGAGCCUCAAAUCGAUGGACGCACUGCUUCGCGAGAAGUCCACCCGCCGUACCUUUCAACUCCUAUCCUCUCUUGUUGAGUCCCGUGUUCCCACUGACUGGAUCGAACCCCUGCUAGAUUAUCGACAACGAUCCGCGACAAAGUCCUCAGUUAUGGAGGAGGAGCCGAGAGAUAAGGAUGGGGACGCAGGUGAAAAUCGCUGGCAGGCAAUGCUAAGGCACAAUGACGAAUUCCACGCGAUGGAUAUUACAAUAAAGUACUGGCCGAAAACGUGCUACCUAUUGGUUCUGCUUCAACACCACUUUCAGAUCCUUCCCGAUGACCUGGCGGGGCCUCGUGUCCAGGCUUCUCCUCCUCCUCCGCCUCAUUCAAAGAUCAACUCCGCACCCGUGCCCGAUAGCAUUAGUGCCGAGACGAAGGCGGCCGCCCAGAAGCUAAUUAAUUCCUUCGAGAAACGCUAUGCCGAGAAGUUUGACAGUCUCGUGAGUGACGCCCUGCGGGUGUACAACGGUCCCGUCGCCUCAACCUCCUCCCCAUCGACCUCGGAGAACGACUGCGAGACCGAUCUGUCCUCCGCCAUUGAACAGCAAAGAAAGUCCCUGAACACCGCGCGGUCCCAGUACAUGUCGAUCCUCAACAGCCUCUUCGCCCAGCAGAUCAACUGGGGCCGGAUUGUCGCCAUGCUGAGUUUCUUGAGGGCGCUGUGUGAGGUGCUUGAAUCCUCGCGCUCCUCCGCCUGCGGCAGUUCCCGCGCCGGAUCCCAAGUGAGUCUGGCUGACUGUUGGAAACCCGCGCAGCGAGGUCGCAUUCUCUACCUGACAAGACGUAUCCCUUGUUGUUUCUCCUGUUUUCAUUACAAAUUAACCCUAACAUCAGCACCGUUAUCCAUCGCGAUUGGCAUUUUGAAUGCCAGCCGCAGACUAAGGUGGAUCCAUGUUCUCUGCUUUCAGCAAUGGAAUCCUUCCGACAGAGAGACCAGUCCGGAAUCCCGCCAGUCCUCCAUGGAACCACAAAAGACCUCGCAGUCGCCGCCUCGAUCGCACGACCAGACGGACUUUGUUCCGGCCGGCGUCAACCUCGUGCCUCCAGUGACACCCGACUUCGAAUCUGACGGCCCAUCACCCGCAGCCGACAAACUCGACCGACGGGUGAUGCACUACCUCAUCUGGACCACUGAAUUCAUCCACAAGGAGUCGCGCCUCGCGGAGUGGAUUGAGGCGCAUGAUAACUGGGUGAGCCUUUGGUGGCCCACUGGCCUUCAUAAACACCCCCCGAUGGACGUGCUAGGUAUCUUUACCGUAAUGUUUGGCGAAUGGCUUAAAAAUGGAAACUUUUGUGACUUUGUUUGGACAGUCGGCGCAUCGAGGUUUGAUUGCCUUUUUCUAAGCUACGGGUUGACGGAGAUUUGA